CGCAUUCAGGAAUGAACCAAAAGCUAGCAUUUAUUGUUUGCUUCAUUCUCUCAACUGUCUUGGCAAUUCAUACAAUCAGAGAUUUAAAUGGAGUAAUUGUGGAAAAUGAUAAUGACAUCUGUGAUGGAAUGUGUCAUUCUAAUUACUCAGACAUUAUUAAAGAAUGUCAAUACGGAUGCAAUCAUCGUUCUGGAAUCCGUGAGCGUCUAAAUCCCUUCCAAUCCUGUUUGGGAGCAUGUGAAGCUCGAUUCCGUGUAAAUUAUGCUGAAAGAGGCAAUGACACAGAAUUCAUCAAUCGUGCCUGGGAGGCAUGCCUUCACGCAUGUAGGUUGCCUUACAAGACCAAAAUCCGGUGGAACGUCUAUAUUGAUCUACGUUCGGGUGAACCAAUUUGGAAUUUCGAACGUAUUAUAUCUGAUGGGCAUCGGAUUUCAAGUGAGGCACUGGAAUAUGAUGAUCUUAUAAGUACUGUUGCAUUGCGAAAAAGUCAUUUCUUUAUGGAUCCAAGUAGCAAAUUGAGAUUCCCCAAUUUAAACGUAUAUGAGACUGAUAGUAGAGCCAUGCAGUUGAUUAUGAUGGAAAUGCUAAAAAAAGUUCGUCAAGAAAUCACAAGUAUGGCCCCACGGCGUUUUGAUGGAGUAUCAAGCAUUGACUAUAUUGGCCCUCGUCUUGUCGAAAAUGGACCAAAUGGUCCAGUUAUUAAGGAUAUUACUGAAUUGGAAUAUCGUCCAAAGGAUGUACUCUUUUACAAAGGAAUGGUGUUCAAGAUUGAAGAUCUUUUUGAUAAUUAUGAAGAAUAUCAAGAUCAUCGAACAAUGUUCAUGUAUUUUUCGCUCAUCGUAUUGGGAUUUGUCAUGAUUUGUGGAUGUUUCAAGUUGAGAAAUCACUAUGCAGCCACUGAGGCCGCACGUCUCCGUCGUGUCACUCAUCAAGAUGGAAGUGAUGAUUGGACUAAACGGAUUCCAACUACCGGAGAAGCUCCACCAUACUAUUCUCCUCCUGAAAGAAAGAAGCUCUUCGACUUACUAAAAGAAUAGUUCUGAUCAGUCAGCCAUUUCUAUUUUUCUGUGGCCCCUUCAUGUUGUAAAUAAAUGUAUUAUUUUUUUG